GGCACCAUCCCAGCAAACGGUCGGACACCCUGAAAGCAACAAGCUGGACUGGACAAAACGCCCACCACUGCAGUGGUGUUCAUGUGCAUAGAAAGCAAUAGUAGACGGAUAAGCCGAGGUGAUUUUUUCGCACUCGACGUUACUUUGUAAGGAAAACAUAGUUUGGACCUUCAAAACUAAUCUGGAGCAAAGAUGUCAGCGGUUUAUAAAGAUGACCAGGAAGACUGGUUGACUGUAUGUCUCAAGUACUUGCUCUUUGUUUUCAACUUUCUCUUCUGGGUCGGCGGAGCUGCUGUCUUGGGGGUAGGAGUCUGGACGCUGUUGGAGAAGAGUGACUACUUGAGCUUGCUGGCUUCCAGCACGUUUGCCGUCUCAGCGUAUAUCCUCAUCCUGGCUGGCAGCCUAGUGGUGGUAACUGGCUUCUUGGGCUGCUGUGCUGUUAUCCGGGAGCAGAGAAGCUGUCUGUCCACGUAUUUCUUCUUCCUGCUGUUGAUCUUCUUGAUCGAACUGGUGGCUGGAGUAUUGGCUUAUGUGUACUACCAAAAGCUGAGUGAGGAACUGAAGCAGCAUCUCAACCAGACUAUGACAGAGAAUUACGCUCAGCCAGGAAAGGAGGCCAUCACAUCAGCUGUUGACAGACUACAGCAGGAUUUCAAAUGCUGUGGCAGCAACAACUCCCAGGACUGGAUGCAGAGCGUGUACAUUUCAUCAACACAGGCAGAGCACAGAGUGGUGCCCGACAGCUGCUGUAAGACCAUCACCCCUCAAUGUGGAAAGAGAGACCACCCCUCAAACAUCUACAAGGUGGAGGGUGGUUGCAUCACUAAGCUGGAGCAGUUUCUAGCAGACCAUCUACUGGUUAUCGGUGCUGUUGGGAUCGGAGUGGCCUGUCUGCAGCUGGCCGGAGCUCUCUUGACAGCCUGCUUUAUCUAUCUGCUCUAUAAAGAAGAGGAAGAAGAAUUUGGUGCAUUGUAAUUUGGCUCUAGAGCAUCUUGGUGGUAUUAAUCAAAAGGAAAGACAAGAUCUGUGGGAUGGUGUUCACCUGCUGCUUGUACAGGAGGAUCAAGAUGGACCCUUACUGAGCACACCAUCACCAACAGGCAGAUGAAAGAUGGCCUUCUGAUUUCUAACUUGAACUUUUGAGUUUUGACUUCUGGUUGAUUAUUCAGUCAGGUGCACAUUCAUGCUCCAGGUCACCAACAUUACAUUCAGAAACAAAUCAGGCUGUUGAGUCUAGCAGGUUACAGUAAACUCGGGGUAGUUUUCAUGCACAUCUUCAUCAUCACCUUUGCUAGAUGCAAAAGAUUAGAUGCAUGCUUUAAUUUGAGCAGGACUGAAAUAUUGUCCUUUCUGCACAUCUAAUGCAAAAAUAACAUUUUUUUUUCAAUUUAUAUUUUAAUAAACAUAGUUUUGUCCAUUUUUGGACUUGAGUUAGUUGAGUAAAGGCACUCCAGACUUGUGUGUCACUGUUUUGGAACAAUGACACACACUGUGUUAUUUAAGCUAAAUCAACAGUAACACUCCAAUGUACACUUAUACAUAAAAAUCAUUAUUAAAGUCAUUUUCUUAAUUGUCUGCUACAUCUCUAGGUUUAGAGCUCCACCUAGAGGCUGCCACUGGUCAUUAAUUUCUUUGAUGUAAAACAGCAUUAAAGAUUCUAUUUUUAAAACAAACACAUUAAAUCUUCUGUAAGUUUUAAAGUGAUCUUAAUUUUCUAGACACACUGACAUUUUGUUUUCUACAAUGAUGAUACUGAUCAUGUUGUGAGCCAAAGAAUACAAAAACAUUUUUUUGUGCCUACUCUAAUUUUUCAUGAUGUUUGUUAGUCUAUGGUGUGGGAAUAAAAAUGAAAUGUUAUAAAGUAAGGAGAAUCCAUAUAUGGAUGUACUACAUUUUGUAGAAGGGGACUCACGGGGAUUUGUGUAAACUGUAGCUAUAUGUGUUUUUUUUUCUGACUUUCCAAGGAGGGAUGUUAAUGUAUGUAACUGGUUCUUGAUUAUAUAACAGUGGCAUGUGCUCCAACCACUGACUGUAUUCAAUGAUCUGAGACUUAUAAAUAAAUGUUUAAAUGUUUGUUGCA